CCCGACACACGUAAUCUGCUUAGGUUUAAGCGAAUUAUCACCAAAAUUAGGAUUCUGGGUCUGAUCAAGAGGCUAAUAGACUCUCGAAAGUGUCUCUCUUUUCUCUUCUCACCUCCCAAAAACUCUUCCUUUUUUCUCCCCUGAUUACGAUUAAAACAGAGUUCGAGAUAUAUGGAUUUCACUGAUCCGAUGCUUGUCCUGAGUUCCUGGAUUGGUCAAAUUGUUGAUUUUGGACUUUAUUUGCUAUGGCGUUUCAUACACAUUGUUGUGACCUUAUGGUACAUUGUCUCUGGCAUCUUUGAGGCGAUUGAAAGCUAUGCGAUCUCGUUAGGAUUGGUUCAAAAAUACAGUUCCAUUGAUAUUGAGAAGCUCAAGUGUCUAGCGGUUGUAGUGGACAUCGAAGCAGCUCAAGAUGUUUCCAAGGUUAUUGAGCUUUUGCAAUGGCUAACCACCAUUGGGGUGAAACAAGUUGGUCUUUUUGACUCGCAAGGUUUAUUGAAGAAAUCCAAGGAUAUGAUCCUUGAAAUGGUGCCACGUUCAGUGUUGUUACAGGAGACUGGUGAAGAGGGUAGUUCGCCUGACGGCAUUGCUUUAGAAUUCAUAUCGUCUUCUGAUAAUAAAGAAGCUGUUGUGAAGGCAGCCAACAUACUACUUCACAAGUACUUGAAAUCCAGCCAUCCUGGGAAUGAUGAAGGGGAAAACGUUUUUACAGAGUCUCAUCUGAACGAAGCAUUAAGAGUUGUUGGUGAGAAUGUACACGUCCCUGAUCUGUUACUGGUUUAUGGACCCGUAAGGAGCCACCUCGGUUUCCCUGCUUGGAGACUUCGAUAUACUGAGAUCGUACAUAUGGGAUCUUUGAGGUGUAUGAGAUAUGGUUCCCUUUUGAAGGCAAUCCACAGAUUCACAGGAGUGCGCCAAAACUAUGGCAAGUCUUUCUUCCUCCAUUGCUAUACAGACUGAAGUUUCAAAUUUUGACCUGGAUUGAGUCAGCCCCAAUAGUUACUUUCUCUUGUUUAAUGGGUGAAAAUUGAUAUGUUUUGGAUUGUUUUUGACAGGGGCUUGAUGGUGAUUACAGAGAGCAGAGCCUCCAAAAGAAAAUUUUGAAUGUGAUUCACAGAUUUGUCGUUCAAAGGUGACAUUGUUGGAGAGCUGUUAAUUCAGUGCAGCCACCAUUGUUCAGUUUGUUCACAUCUUGUUCUGACAAUUCCAUGUUAUACAGAUUCACAACUCAAAGGGACAUAUGGCUUGGCAUUGUAUAUGAUUUAAGUACUUAAACCAAAAUACUAACGAGCUGGACCAAUGCACCCGGUAGGCGGUAGUGGUCGUAAUUUCUCGUAUAGUUUUCUGUUUACCAGAAAAACCAAGAAAAUCAAUCUGGUUUAUGUACAAAUGUCAGUUACAGCUGUUCAUAUUAAAAUGAGAAGAAGUGCUCCUUGAGUCGUUGAUACGCCAAACGCAACGGUUCUGACUUUAAGCUUUGUCUAAAACAUCAUUUACGUACCAACUCUCAGACGAGGGCGAGACUUGAAAGGUUAAUCUUUUGACCCGAAGGUCCCGAACCAAUAACUGAACCCAAAGCAGGAGUCAACACAGCAACAAAUAGAGUCUGAGAGACUCUGCUUCAUUAUGAGAACUACUCAAAAAUUAAUACAUUUUCAUCAAACAUCUUUAAUAAAUCCAAU